ACCAGGACAGCAGAAGAACACCAGGACAACUAAAGAACACCAAGACAGCAGAAGAACAUCAGGACAACAGAAGAACACUUGGAUAACAGAAGGACAACUGGACAAAAGAAGAGGCCCAGGACAACAGAGGAACACCUGGAUAGACAAAAAUGACCUGACAGUCCAGUAACGUGGACAAUAGAGUCUAAUCAAACAGUAGAAGAACAUCUGAACAGUAGACCACGAAUCUAAACAAUAACAGAAUGUCUGGACAGUAAACACUUGUGUAGACAGUAAAGACACAUGGACAGUAAAGACACAUGUGGACAGUAAAGACAUGGUUGGACAGUAAAGACAUGCGUAGACAGUAAAUACACGUGUGGACAGUGGAUUAAUGUCUGGACAGUAAAGUUCUGUCUGGAGAAACAAAGAACGACUGAUCUGAUUUUACAAGAAGAGGAGGAGGGAUGGGAGGAGCAGUCUGCAAAGAGGAGGUGAAGGAGGAGAAGAGGAGGAGCGAGGGGAGGGAGGACAGUCUGACUUCAGUGGACAGAAUCCGUCGAUUCACCGUCAAACAGUUUGGGUACAACGUCCUGAGUCUGGCUCGCCGAGGACUGAAGGAGGUCCCUGACGAGCUGUGGGAGCUGCUGGACUUAGAUAAGCUGAAUUUGUCUCUCAACAGUUUGAAGGUUCUUCCUCCUCAGCUGGCUUUGCUGUCCAACCUGGUGGUCCUCAACCUGUGGGGCAACCAGCUCAGCAGCCUGCCUCCGGAGAUCGGACAGCUGAGGAGACUCAGAGUUUUAUUCGCCUACAGAAACAGACUCACUGAAGUCCCCGAAGAGCUGGGAGCCUGCACACAGCUGGAGGUUCUGAGCCUGGCCAACAACCAGCUGUCCUCGCUGCCGGCCUCGCUGUCUAACCUGACCCGCCUGAGGAAACUCAACCUGAGUCACAACCUCAUCGCUCACAUCCCGGGCUGCGUCUACAACAUGAAGGCUCUGGUGUUCCUCCACCUGGCCUGUAACCAUCUGGAGAGCCUGGCAGAGAACAUCCAGGCUCUGGUGGAGCUCAAGAUCCUGAUCGUAGAGGGAAACAGCCUCCACUCCCUGCCCAAAGCCCUCUGCUGCCUCACCAG